AUGCCUUUUGCAACGCCUCUUUUGCGUCGAAUCAGGUUUACUUUUGAGUCCAAAACAAUCAGAAUUGCUCUGGACGAAAAUCUAAUUGAGAUUUGCUCUCUCAAUCGCUCCUCAUCUUUCGAUUCUCCCUCAAUCUCUCGAGUGCUCAAUCUCCAUCUCUCAAUUGCCCAAUCAAUCUUUGGGUCUGCUCAAUGUCUCAAGUGCUCUCUUGCAAAACUAGGGUUCUUCAACAAAUUCACUGGAUCUGUUCAAUCUCUGUUUCUUUGGUCGAUUUGGACAUAUCUCGGAGAUUAUUCAGUAGUUGGGUUGUAUUUAUUUGCUGGAUUCUUUGGUCUGCUGCAAAACUAUAAUUCUUCAUCAAAUUCCUGGACUGAUAAUGCUUUGAAGCAUAGCAGGUUUUUCUUAUUUUACCUGGAAGACUUUACUACUAGAGCCACCACUGCAGGGAAAGAUCUGAUGCAGAAACAGAAAUUUCAACUAACACAGUUAGUUUAUCUUCUUAUGAAAAUCGAAGCUCAGGUUACUCUAGCCAAAAUGAAGUUUCUCAGAACAUCAGUGACCAUUAAGUCUCCAUGCAGAAGUACUUUGAAAAAGCUAUUGGAUAUGUAUCUACUUUUUAUCAGUCUGGUCAAAACUAUGAAGCCUUUCUUGUCACAAUCCAAAUCCUUAAAGCCACAUUUUCUCGAGUGCAUAAUGUCCUCUGAUCUGUAGUGGGUGAUGUUGACAUCAGGAGCGUUCCCAAAGUUUUUGACAAUAGUGGAAGAAAUGGUAGAAGCAAAUAAAGAUCGAAGACUAGAAUUAGAGGAAGCAAGAAUGAAAUUGAAAGGAGCAGAAGAAUGGAAGAUUGAGGCUUUGUGCAGAUUGCAGGAAUCAGAGAGACGAGCAAGGAAGAUGAAAGUGCAGCUAGGACUCUUCUUGGAAUCUGAAAAGAGGUCCCUGAACUUGGAGCGUAACACUGGGAAAGAGCUAAUAAGCUAGGCAUGGAUGAAGAUAAUGUAACAUCCGGUUCUGCUUUGGCAAGCAACAAAAAGACCAGGGGUCCUACAAUAUCUGUAAUCUGCACAAACAUAUCUAUAAUCUGUUAUUGUAUUCGACUAAGUUUGUUUGUGAUUUUUACUGAAGGGAAUUUAUUUUCAGCAAAUUGAUUCUUUUGCCUGUGACAACUAAAUGGUUAUUAUCUACAAAACAUAUUUGUAAUCUUUUAAUGUCCUGUUUUAUUGAUAUAAUCGAUGUAGA